AUGGACUCACAAAAUUUAUCGGACGAUUUUGGUUUACCAUACAGUACUAAUCUUGCCACAGAAUCAUAUAACACUGCUUCGCUACGAACUGCAAGAAGGCAUGUCAUUGCACACACUGAUAACUUUUCUUUCCCGGGAACAAUAACAAAUCAUGAGAUAAAUCCAUUAUCAUCUGUACUGUCACAUUAUACAACUAAUGAGCGUGUAUAUAAUAUGACAAGGAAAACUUCUAACUCAAGUAUUGCAAGCACUUUUACAAAUGAAGUUUCUACUCUUAAUAGUGACACUCCUUUGAUUGAUUCCUCUAAUUCCAACCCUGAUAAUAAAAAUGCUGUACAUGAUAAUUCUCCUUUACUAUCUCCAUCACGUUCUACACGUCAAUUUACUCACAUUCAUAAAAAGAGAUUAUCGAGAACUAUGCAACAUAUUUCCUCUUUUAUAAGAAUAACCGUAAAUAUUUCUCCAACUAUUUCAUUUCCUGUUACUAUUGAAAAAUCAUAUACGAUAGAAAGGUUGGCUAGGCAAAUCGAGGCUGAAUAUGCUUUUAAAUAUGGUGAUAUUGAAGGUUGUCUUCAUGAACCUCUUGAAGUAGGUUUACUUUAUGAUGUUAGUAUGGUUGCGUUGCGAUUUCGCGAUCUCGUAGGUGACGUUUUAGAGCAUGGUGAUGUUGUUAAUGAAAAUCGCAGUUUCAGCUUGCCAAUUACUAACGAUGAUAUUUCACAGAUAAAUGAUAAUAACCCCAUUCCUUUAAAUCAAACUAUACAUCCAUCUAUUUCUCCUGUAUCUGAUCCUUAUCUUUCAUUAAAUCUAGUGCCUUCUACCUCACAAAGCUCUCAAUCUAAUUUUAGUUCUAUCCUUACAAAUAUUCUUGCUCUAAAUUAUUUUCAAAAAUUCACCAUUCGAGAAUUUUCUGUUGAAAAUUUGUUAUUUUGGCUUGAUAUUGAACUUUUUGCUGCUGGAACUUGUGAUAUAGAAGAUAAUUAUUUUGAAGAUCAACAAACUGCUAUCAUUCAUGCAAGAUAUAUCUAUUUAACUUAUAUAAGUUCAAAUUCUCCUUUACAAGUUAACCUUAGUGAUGAGAUAAGAAAAGAUAUCACUUGGCCAUUGGAUGAUGAUUGUAUAAUAGAAAGAAAUAUGUUUGAUGAAGCGCAAGAGGCUGUUUAUCAAUUAAUGAAAGGUCAUUCUUUUACGCGAUUUGAAACAAGUCCUGAAUGGGAGGAAUGUGAAAAAAUAAAGGCGGAUAACCCUAAAGAAUAUGAAGAUCGUGAAAUGAUUGAACCACUUGAUCGUUAUUUCCGUCCGAAUAUGUCAUUAAUGCUUGCUAUCACCAUGGGGCUUGAUGAUAAUUGUAAUCCUGCUCCAACUUCUCAUCAUUACAAAGAGCAAACUUUACAUUCUAUUCUUUCUCAAUAUUUUCCUGAGACUAUUCUCCUUGAUAACAAUGGAAAAAGAAAACAAGAUAAUAUUGUAAAUGUGCGAUCGAAUGAAGGUGUAUCUUUGAAUGGUUAUUUUAAUAAUGAAAAUAGAAUGACCAAUGCUCAAAAAAUGAGAAAAAUCAAAAAAGAGCGAAAACUUCGGUGGGUAUUUGGUGAAAAGAUUGGAAGAAUUAAGGACCAACCUGUAAAUUUACCUGGUGGAUUUCGAUAUGAAAGUAAAAAAUUGGCUAAAGAUAUAUGGAAUAAGAAGAAGAAGAAAGAUAAAUUGGAAUCUAUAUUCGGUCGUGGGUUAAAAGAUCGAAAUAGUUUCAAAGAUUCGCUACCAAGAUCACCUGAUAACACAUCUACACCUAAAAAUAAUGCUCGUGAUAAUAUCCAUUCAUUCACAUUAAAUGUGUUAAGUCCGAAUGAUCGAAGAAGAAUGAUUAAAAGUAACAAAAAAUUACAAGUAAUGCUUGGUGAAGCUUUGGAUGAAAACAUGAUUCGUCAAAAUAUAACUAUUCCGGCUGCACAAUUACCGUGUUUAUCCUACAAUAAAAGUAAAUUUAAUAACGAAAUCGGCGUAUCAAAUAAAACUCACCAUGUUCGUAGAGCCUCUGAUUCAAUGAUUAUAUCACCACUGCCUUCACCAAACAGUAUUAUAACUCCACCAGCGACCCCUCCCACUUUAUCAGAUGAAAACGAUGAAAAAAAUAGCCUAAAACAUCAAUCUAUGAAUUCUGCAACUGCAUUCACAAAUACCAGACAUUCAUUAACUUUUGCCAAUAGAGACACUAAAGAAUAUCGAAGAAAAAAAUUACAAAAACUUAAUAAUUUUCUGGGUGAAUGUGUUCCUAUUGACAUUGUAUUGGGUGAAAGUGAUAGUUAUAGGACUUCACUUCCGGAACCAUUACCGAAUCCACCUAAACGAAAAUCUAGGGGAAGGCCAAAUUCUUUAUCGUUUAGCUCGAAAAAGAAUACGUCAACAAACUCGAAUGAUAAUACUGAUGCUCAAACAUCAUCAAACAUUCCAAGGUUAUCUGCGAUAGAUAGAAGACGUCAUCUUCACAGAGCAAUAAAAUUAGAAAAAAUGUUUGGAGAAGCUCCUCCUCAGGAUCUUAUAGUUCAAAAGCUACGUUCCAGAAACCUUACCGAUUCAGUAUCUUCCAUUGACAUUCAUCGUAGGAGCAUAAUGUCUCUGGAGUAUUUAAUGGAAAAUGAUAGAGAGGCUAUGUAUGAUCUCAUUGAUUACAUAGCAGAUAGUGAUGGUGAAAAUGUCAAUGAUGAUGAAUAUGAGGAACAAUUUGCUGUACCAUUAUCAGCUCCUGCAACUCCUCAUCCUGGUAAUUCAUUGAAAUUUGAUUUACCUCCAGCAGAUCAGAAACAACAAAAAUUGAAGGGAAUCCGUAAAUUAUCUCACUUCUUUGGAGCAACCUAUGGACAAAUGUUCCCUGAUCAAGUUCUUGGAGAAUUAUUAGGAGACCUUGAAAGAGAAAUUAGAGAAGAGGCACGACAAAAUGAAGUUGAUAAAGCUGUUGUUGCAGGAUUAAUGGGUCAAUUAGAAGAAUUAAGAGCAAAAAAUAAUGAAACAGAUGAGAUACGUAAGAGAUUAGAACUAAAUCGUAAAAAGAGAGAUCUUAAACCAGAAAGUGUAAUUUAA